AUGUGGGUGAAGAGGUAUCUACUGGUGGUGUUAUAUGCGCUGCUGAAUCAUAUUCCGAAGACAGUGUGGGAAGUGCUACAGGUGGUGGUGGACAUCCUGGCGUUCUGGGUGCGGAAGUUCUUUGUGUCGCUGCGGCCCAUGUCGCGGACAAUGUACCACAACGCAAUUGCCGAGCUGGACCGGUGCACGACGUUCGAAGAGUGGAUCGAGAAGGCGCGGGUGGUGGACGAGAUCACCGGGGCGGACCUGUGGCGGAGGAACUUCGUGUCGAAGCGGUACGACUUCAACUCGGUGCUAAACCAGUACGGGAUCAUCACGGAGGCGCUAGACGACGAGGACCUGGGACUGCUGAUGCAGAAGUUCUCGACGGUGGGGCCUGCGAUGCUGCGGAACUUCGCGGGGAUCCUGGACAAGCGCCUGUUCACGAAGUCGCUGUGCGGCACGAAGCUGCUGGUCGAGCUGUACCUGGACAAGGUGCUGGAAUGCCUGCACUUUAUGAGCGAGUCGCGACUGGUUCCGCUGUCCUUUUUCCAGCGGUGCAAGCUGUCGCUGGGCACCACGGCGCUGGUGCUGCAGGGCGGGUCGUUGUUCGGGCUGUACCACCUGGGGGUCAUCAAGGGCUUCCUGCUGCAGCGUCUGUUGCCAAACAUCAUCAGCGGCAGCUCGAUGGGCGCGUGCAUUGCGAGUCUGUGCACGACCAUGACGAACGAUGAGCUGGAGGAAGUCUUCACGGGAGACCGGCUGCUGGAGAUGAUCAAGGAGGACAUCACACUGCUCAAAAAAUGCGGCUAUGGGAACAUCGACCAGAACCUGAGCCUAGGGACGCUCAUACAGAACGUGGUGCACAAGAGCAUUUCCAAGGACGUGAACCUCUUCAUCCAGUACGUGAAGAAGAACAUUGUGAAGGACCAGACGUUUGAGGAGGCAUUUCAGCGCACGGGUAAGAUUCUGAACAUCGUCGUCCACCCGACGGAUCGCAACGUCUGUCCUAUUCUGCUCAAUUACGUGACUACUCCUAACGUACUCAUAUCGUCUGCCAUUGACUGCAGUUUGGGUUCGGAUGUGGCAUCCAGCGACACCAAAUUGCUGUGCAAGAACCUGCAAAAUGAAAUAAUUGACUAUCUACCGUCAGACAAGCACGUUACAUUCAUGGCCCCUCAGAAUGUCAUCGCCACGGGGCUGGUAGCAUCGCCUUAUACCCGCCUGACGGAACUUUUCAAUGUGAAUAACUUCAUUGUGUCAUUGGCCAGGCCCUACCUUGCGCCACUAGUUAUGGGCGACUUGAAGCACGAGAUCAGGACAUCGAAGUACUACUACUACAAAUCGUAUCCGAGAUAUGACCUGGGCUCUCUCUCACCAAAGAACCUUUUCAACUUGGAGGAUGUUGAACCCUUGGCCUUCAAGCUGAAAUACCACAUAGAACGCAAACUAAAGCACAUAUUAACGCUGGAACUUCGACACCGCGUGGACGUACUGGGCAACCUAGGCCUACUUUCUCACUGGAUUCAAAAGUUUGCCAUCGACGAGAAAAUACCGAGAAGCGCUACUGAAGUCACUAUAGUGCCAAAACUAAAGUCAUUAAGUAUCAGUAGGGUGAUUGAGGGGCAAUUGGACAAUAUUCCAUAUUGGAUUCGGUGUGGCGAACAAAGCUGCUGGCCGGUUUUGUCUUUGGUAAAAACGCGCUGCGCUGUUGAGUAUACAUUGGAUGAUAUUAUCAGGCAGAGGAGGAGCAGUAUCAUGGCGUGA